GUAACAAGUCAGAAAAGAGAACGAGAAUGAUUUUAUCAAUACCAGAGCUCUCAGUAAUGAUCAUGCGUCCUCGCAGUUCGGACGCCUAAUGAUAGCUCAAUACUCGCUGGCUCAGCUGUGUUUUACGGAAUUUCCAUGUAAAGACUGCCAGUUGGGAGCUCUACAAGGAUAAAUAUGGAAUUCGCUUGCAAUUUCGCGAUUGUUCUUGGAUUUAUAUCUCUAUCUAUUGAUCCCAUAUAUUCGACAUCCGUCAAUUCGAACGGAAUACAUCAGGACUUCCUUGACACUGAUGCUCGAACUCGAAACAAACGCAACGCAACGUCAUACGAUGUGUUCGAUUCUUCAGUCAAUGAGAGUGACGUCAUAGUGCCUAAAACGGAAAUUCCAGAAUGGAAAAUCAAACUACAAAAUCGAAAGUAUUACGGGUCUGCACAAUACAUGCAACGAAAACUUUACACAGACAAUCCUGAAAAAGCUCCAACGAUAUGCUUCAACAACAACACCAAGCACAACAAAGGGGUCAGACUCGGGGAAUAUAUCUGUCCCAUGUCCAACCAGUCUGACUUUAUGACCUUCUGCUGUGGACCAGCGACUGGGCAGAGAUGCUGUACGGAAGCGGUGUUCUCGGAGGACAAGGGUGGAGCCUUUGAUGAUGGCGACUUAGUGACAGGCCUUGGUAUAGCCGCGGCUUUUGUGGUCUCCCUUUCAUUCUGCAUGUUCCUGUAUUGCUGCUGUUGUCAACGCAGGCCUGAGUUGCAUAACGGCAUCAAACUCAUGUGGGUGCGACGAUCCUUUGGCAAAGAAAUAAAUCGUCUGGAACAGCCGGCGUACCACGAUCAUAUGACGGUUGUCAAUAGCAUCACUGGGCUCCGCGAGAGCCGGGGACCAAGUCGCCAGGGGAGCCGGGGACCAAGCCGGCAGGGAAGCGUCCGGAGCAUGCGUGGUAGAGGCGGAAGUGUUAAAGAUAAGCAUCAAAGUGCAACGCCGACACCAUCAAUCAGCAGGCGCCCUUCGAACGACCUUGCUCAUUCCCACCCGGGACCUUCACACCACCAUAGUGGCCACAAACAAACAUCACCAGAUGACAAACAAUACCUUGGUUCCGAGUUGCCCAAGGCAUCGGUGGUCAUCACCGUGACCACUCCAUCAGACGAACAUGGACCGACAGCACCCUUGCUCAAAACGGUGCAGCACAUCGCACAACCCGAGCAUGUGUGACUCGAUGCUACGUUGACCUUCCAGUCGAUUCUUCGAAAUUGUUAAUUCAAAGGAUUCAACCGCGUGCACAAUUCGAUGAGGCUGAGACAAUUGGGUACCAUUUGACAAAACACACCUUUACAUUUAGACGGAUGAACGAUGUUUGCAAAAAAAAAAUGCAAAACGAAUGAUACGCAGCUGAGAAAUCAUAAGACUGAUAAGAUGUCGAUAUAUGGAUAACACGUAUCAUGACGAAUUUUUCAUUGUUUGCCGCAAAUACCUACAUUACAUCAACUUUUUACUUGUGUCACUUUGUAUUCAUGACAUAUUUGGUUGCAAAACACAGUUUUUACGGGAAUCGUACAUUUGUGCUACUUUUUAACAACUACAUGUACAAUGUACACAUUUUUAUUGCAAGUACGAUACCAGGAGGAAAGAGAAUUAACCGAUUGUGUGAGUAGUAUAUUAAAGUUUAAGCGGAAAUUUCGCAAACAAACCAAAUGCUUUUACAAGUACAUUUUAUUUUACCUAGAUAUACAUUAAAACCGAAACUUUUUGGUUUGCAACGUUUCGAUUAUAAAGGAAACAAAACUUAAAUCAUAACAGAAUGUAGAAUAAAAAAUAAUAUAUUGUAAUCUUAAAGAAUGUUAUGGUAUGUAGUUUAAUGCUUAUACUGAGGCAACCUUUUAUCUGUUAACAUGUUCAUUAUCCUUAUAACAUGGCGUUUUAUGUUUCAGUCUGCCAUAUGCCAUAACGAAACAUUUAUUUGUUGGGUAUUUGUCUGUCUGAUUUUUAUUAAUCUUUCUAUGUGACGAUAUUUUGAAUACAGUCGUAUUCUGGCUGUAUUUUGUUCUGUUUUCAUACCGAUACCGUCCUGAAUAGGCGAAAUGUGUCUCAAACACAAAGUAAAAAAAAAGUUUACAUAUGGACAGGUUAUUAUCUUAUUCUUUAACAUUACAUAUUAUAUAAUUAGAGAUUGUAUAACGAUUUAAGUGUUCUUGUAUGGAUUAACUCCUACUGCUUGAGUGUUACAGUGUCCAGUGGCGAUACAUCAGAAUUGCUGCUAUGUGAUGUAUGUCACAUAUAGACUGGAAAAAAACCUCUUAUAUGUCACUGUACGCUUUACAUAAAGUAAUUGACACGGUAAAAAUAACAAGUUGAAACGAAUGCAAUAUUUAAGCCAGAAAAAGUGAGCAAAUAAACAGACGAGAGACAACAACUUAUUUAACGAACGACUUAGAGCUCAUUUUCAUCGUAAUCGUAAUCAUGUUAACAUGGUAACUGUAUGAGUUGUGAUUAGCUAUACAUAUUUUCCAUUACAUCCUAAAAUCUACGUCAUAGGUUGUCCGUGUUCUAAUGGCUAUUUUAUACAGAGCGAGUUCAAUUAAGAACUAUGGCUAUUUUAUACCGCGUGAGUUCGUUAAAGCACUAUAAUGGAACUGAUAUAAUUGUUGUUAGCGAAAUACAUGUAUAUGUUUAUGCUUGAAUUUAAACCGUUCUACAUUUUAAUACAUCAAAUAUACAGUAUGUUCGAGGCCAGUUUAGUGCAACUUUUGUCUUUAAUGUAAUCGAUCAGAUCCACUCAUUAUUAUGUCAAACUUUAUUGUAUCGAUAAUAAUCGAUCGAAAUCGCUCAUUAUUUUGUCAAGUUUUAUUGUAUCGAUAGUAAUCGAUCGAUAUUGCUUAUUGUUUUGUCAAACAAGGACAUUGGUUGUGGUGUUGUACAGUUUGCUCAAGUCUACUUUUACCAGCAUUUCUUAUCCUCAUUGGUAUACAGUUACCUGCCUUUCGUUGUAUUUGUGAUGGAAAUAUUAACAAUCAAAUGAUAUACAAGCUAGCUUGGUCAUUUAAGCACGCAUCAUUACUAUUGUAGUUCAUGAAUUAUUCUGCGACAUGCCUUUUAUCACAUGCACCCUUUCAUUGAUAGUAAGGUCUUGAAAAGUAGUUUCAUAAGGGCCUUCAACAGCGCAAACGUCGUUUCCCCACCCACUUUUCACUUUUGAAUUUUAGAUAAAGUUUAUACAUGUUUUUACAAACUGUUCUUUAACUUUAAGACUUUGAUACAUAAGUAUUGGAAUCAUUAAGACGAAGUACAUGUUUCCCCAAAAGGGCUAACACGAAAUAUUGUUGUCCUGCCUUCAUAGUAAUGAUAACAACUCAGUCAAAUGGCCGAAAAAGCUGAACCUAAUUUAUUAUGCAAAAUAUUAUAAGCAAGGCUACACUGCAAAAAAAAGUUUCAUUCUACAUUUAAAUAGUUAAAGAGUUGAACACAUUAACCACAUAUUGUUUUACUCUAAAUACGAGAUGAAAUAAGUAAUUUUGAAUGACAGUUUUAUGUGUGUUCAUUAUGCAGCCAUUUAUUAGUAAAUAUUUUGUAUAGUUUUACCAUGCACUAGAUAAUUAUAUUAACAUUUAUUAUUAGUAUUGUUUAAUAUUGAUUUUAUGUAAGUAUUGUAACACAUUAUAUAUAUUUUAUUUCUCUUCCCAUAUGCCUCUGGUGAAUGGGUUCAAAUAUUGCUGUGCAAAUUUGUUCUGAUGUUCCAGUUAAGAUUUCUUGCUUAAAAUCAAAAUGACGGUUCAUAUUUGCAACAUAAUGACUGUAUUUGGCUUUUAAAACUAUACUUCAACUAAUUGAUUAAGCUAUUUGUUUUUAAAAUUUACAGUUUCAAUGUUUGUUGGUAUAGUUACAAAACAUGUUACUUGCUUUGAACCAAAUAAAGGUGAAAUGCGUUAUAUGAUAUAUUAAUAGUCGUUUGUAUUGAGUGUUCCUUUAUAAAGUUUCUUCAAAAUCCGUGAUGAAAGUUUUAUAGCAAACAUGUUUGUAUAGUAUAUUAUUUGUUUAAAAAUGAAUUUAUAACUUAUGUUCUUUUGGGAUAUAAUUGUCUAUAAGCAUUAAUACGUGAAAACCGAUCAAAGGUUAAUGACAUUCCUUUAUAGAUAUGUAGAAGUUUUGGUAGAUCUUUGUUGUUUAAAAAGUUGAAGCAAAUUUACUCACAUAUGAUGUUGCUGCAUUUUUCUGAUAUAAAACAUAUAAGUGCAUUGGAAUCGUAAAUUUAUCGUGUUUUAUACGCACUUCUUUUUCGUAUGAAUAAAGUUUUAGAAAUGUUA